UUAUCAUCGGAGCCUGGACCCUCAUUCCUGAUUCUCCACAUCCCGUCCUACCUUCCCCUCCGAACAUUCCGCGGGGACGAACAGAUAAAUCCAAUACCUGAGCCCUUUCUUCCGCCGACUUACUGCCCGUUGUACAAGAAUUCCGCGGUCACUGCUUGCUAGCAGCGAGUCACACGGACCGACUGUUUGCCUGCGUUGCUGCUUAGCUCGGCUCCAGCUCUUUCACAUCAUGGCGCCGAUUAAUGCAAUAGGGGUGGAAACGAGCCAGGAUGAUGAGCAUGAGCAUAUGCAUGAAGAGCCCGUGGAGGAUGAAGAGGAGGACGGCGCUGACCUGGACCCUUCUCUCCAAGAACACCUGGAACGUCAGCGCAGGCUUGAUGAAUUCCUGUCGCCUAUAGCUUUGGAUGAAGCCGUCCUGUAUAAACUUGCGCGCCGAUUUUCCACCGUAUACCGGGAUCUGGCUCUGCAUUCCAAGGAGCAGUUCUUGCCGACACCAGUGACUAGGUUGCCUACCGGCUUGGAAACAGGCCGGUAUCUGGCUAUCGAUGUUGGUGGGACUAAUCUGCGUGUUGCAUUCAUCGAGUUGCUGGGGGAAGCUACUGAGUCAGACGUACGUUCCACAGACGCGUCGGAGAGAUCUCGCGACACCAUCCGUAAGGCGCAGCGACAGCGCGUUAGACGGACCUUGGAGAGAGCAUGGCCUAUACAAGAGCAUCUGAAGAUGGAUAAGGCAGAGGACCUAUUCUCGUGGAUUGGAGACUGCAUUGCGGAAGUGGUGGCGGAGAGUUUAACUUCUGAGGCAACGAGAGGCCACGUCCCAGAAGAGUUGGAGAUGGGUAUUACGUUCAGUUUCCCGAUAAUGCAAGAGUCUCUCACGGAAGCUACAUUGAUGCCCAUGGGUAAAGGGUUUGCCAUCACGUCAGACCUUGAUCUGCGCAAAAUUCUACUUAGUGGGUAUGAAAAGCAUACACGGCGUCCAGACAAUGAAUCCGAGCCUUCAAGCAAACGCCGGAAGCUAUUUGAACUUCCCAAACUCAAGAUCGCCGCCAUUACCAACGACACUGUUGCUACACUGGCUUCCCUUGCAUAUGCUGUGAAAUCCUUGCCCAAUAGCCGAGUCGCUAUGGGUAUGAUUGUGGGCACGGGAUGUAAUGCCACAAUUCCCAUGAAACUCGGUAUGUUACAUGAGGCCAAGGCGAAGCAUGUGAAGUCAAAGGACCCGCAAGCAGAGGAGACGGUGGUGAAUACUGAAUGGACAAUCGCCGGUGCCGCUUCCCCGUUAAGAGAACUCAACAUCAUAACUAAAUGGGAUGUUGAACUCGACAGGGCAUGUGCACGUCCCGGUUUCCAGCCGUUUGAAUACCUGACCGGUGGUCGAUACAUUGGCGAGCUCGUUCGGCUCGUUCUCUAUGACUACCUCACAGGUGUCAGUGGACUCUCUAAACGGGUACUGCCCGCGACCCUCAUCCAGGAGUAUGCCUUGACCACAACCUUCGUUUCGGAUAAAGUUGCCCGCUCUCGGUCGGAUCCAGAGCUGGCUGACGAGUUGUCUCGCUCUCUGCCUCCGCCUGAGAAUAGCGAGUGGAGUUGGGAUGCUGUGUCGGCAGGGGUCUUUCGUAAGAUCGCCCGGACUGUACAGAGACGAUCUGCUGGUUUGAUUGCUGCAGCAGUUGUGGGGUUGCUUGCCUGUGCGCAGGAAAUCGAACUAAAGGUGGACAGCCACGAGGGUUCGCCGCAGAAUCCCAGUGUCCCUUUGCCCGAGGUAAACGGCGCACCAGAUUUGUCUGCUGUGUCCCAGACUCUGUCUACAUCAAGCUUGGAUCCAAACGAUCCUAGGAGCAGCCGUGGGCCCAUUGUUCCGGUUCUCUCUCCUACACCCACCCCUGCAGACUGGCAGUCAGGCCCUGAGGAACUGGUGGUGGCGUACACUGGCGGCAUCAUCCAGCACUACCCCAACUUCAAGGAGAUGUGCCAGCAAUAUAUCGACCGGCUCAUCAUGAGGACAGGCCCGCAGAAGAGCGGGAAGUCGGUCUUUUUGCGGGAAGCCUCGGAUGGCGGAGUCAUUGGUGCUGGCGUUCUUGCCGGAAUGGUGGGCAACCGGUGAUGACCACCCCGUCGCUCCAUCACGAUUGAGAAGAUAUUUGAUUUUGGGCUGAUCUUAUGAGCGAUUUACGGAGUC